UGAAAAACAAACGCCGGCUUCGUGUAUAGCGUUUUAGUAUUUCGGUUUUUGAAUAAUAAUAAAGAUAUGAAAACACAGAUAAAAUUGUAUUGGUGAAAGGAAGACCAGUGAUUUGAUUUUUACUUUGAUCCGGUCAAAUUUUGCUCUUCUCUGGUCCAGUGAGGCGUGACCAAGUACAAGUAAUGCACACUUCAUAAUAAGACGAGUAAAAAUGAAAGCGAAAGUAGGAUAGGAAACGGGAAUUCCUUCGUACUAAAAAACAUUCAAUUUUUAACUGUCUAUUUUUUUGUUCGCUUUUGUGCAAGUCAAUCGCUGUACUUUGAGUCUGUCAAUUUUUGACAAGAAAAAAUUACGACUUGCGAGAGAAUUUAGAUAAUUACGUCCUUUAAGUUAGAUCUAGCUAAUUCACAAUUGCAUUCAUAACAGCUCUGGUGGUGCAAUCCCUUCCUCCUACUGAACUGUCAUGAUCGAUUCUUCCUUCAACCAAAAACAACGACUAACUUGCUAAAUUUAGCACUUGGUCUUAUUAUGAGUAGCCUUAUAAACGAAUGUGAAAGCCCGAGGAACCGUGUUUGAUCCUGCAUUCAUUUUUCUUGUUCACGAGCUACCAGGCACUUAAUGCAAGUGGGGAGAGGAGUUCAUUUAGUUAGUUUGAUAAAGACGACGAAGUGUAAGAUACUGAAAGAGUUCAGCGAGACGUCCAUCUUAAACAUCAUGGACAUCACAGAGCAGGUGAGGGAGCAACGCCAGGUGCUGGACACCCAGGGAGAAGAUGCCAUCGUGUCUCCGAGAGAACGCAUUUACCUGCCCGCCUCGCAAGACACUGCCAGACAGAUCGGCUUGGACGAUUUCUCUGACGAACAAAAAGAAUAGAGACUUCAAGUUAUGACGUUAUGAUUCCAGUUGCAAGCGCCAUAAAACUGACUCUUACUAAACUGACUUACUUUCAGAGACUUCAAGUGUGAAGUGUGGAUGGAGUUAUGUACAGUCAAGUCUGAUUAAACCACCAAAAUCUGUAUAACG